AUGCUGCGCUAUCUUUAUCCCAGUCACCGCAUCUGCUUCAGAAGUCUCACGCGGCCCUCUAGGCUCGCAGCCUGUCCAAAGGGCCAAUUCUGGCAGCAUAGGCUGAUAGCGUCUGGCACAUCUCGUGUUCGACAAUUCCCAGCCGCCGGGUUCAGAGAAAUAGAUCCGUCGCAGAAGAUAGAAGAGGAGAGAUUUGGUGAUUAUCUUGCAGAACGAUACUACCCUAUCGACAUUGGUGAAACAUUCCAAUCCAGAUAUCAAGUCAUCACAAAGCUCGGGUUUGGCGCCACUUCGACCGUAUGGCUAUGUCGAGACCUCCAGGAGCACCGCUACUUGACGCUCAAGGUCAAUGUUCGCAGCAGGAGACCGAACCCUGAGGUUGAGUUGACGAACUAUAUGAAGAGCAUAGAGGAUAUCCAUGGCGGUGAAGUCAACGUUCGCCGCGUAAUAGAGUCAUUUAAUAUUGACGGACCUCAUGGAACUCAUUGCUGUGUUCUAUACGAACCCACUGGUAUUGAUUUGAGCGAUUUUAUACAUCGCUUGGAGACCGGAGCGCUACCUGAGCUUCUACUUAGACCAGCUAUCCGAUAUAUCCUCAUUGCGCUGGAUUAUAUCCAUCAGCUUGGAAUUAUACAUACGGAUAUACAGCCGAACAACAUCCUUCUAGGCAUAAAGGACCAAUCCGUCCUCUCACAGCUUGAACAAGAUGAGAUUGACCAUCCGGUAGCUAGGAAACGAAUCCCUGGACGAACGAUAUAUUUGUCACGGGAGAUGCCCAUAACCCGGGGAUUUCCAGUUCUUUCGGAUAUGGGUGAAGCUCGACGUGUAGAGGCUAAACAAAGGGGCAUUAUCUUGCCAAGUAUCUACCGCGCUCCAGAGGUGAUGCUGGAUAUGGAGUGGGAUAACAAGGUCGAUAUAUGGGCACUUGGACAAACCAUAUGGACCCUCUUCGAAAAGGGCCAUCUCUUCGAAAAUAUCAAUCCGAUGGGAGAGUUAGAUCAUGGCCGCAGAUUCGCGGAAAUGAUAUCACUUAUGGGUCCUCCACCUCCCGAAUUCCUUCAGAGAAGCAAAGAGGGCGCAAAGUACUGGGAUGAAAAGGGAAACUGGAAACUCUCGCAUAUCUACCCAAUCCCAAAGCAGACCCUGGAAUCUCGAGAGAUCCAGCUAGAAGGGGAGAACAAAAGACUUUUCUUGGAGUUUAUGAGAAAGAUGUUACAGUGGGUGCCAGAAGAUAGAGCGAAUGCUCAACAGCUACUCUUCGAAGACCCAUGGGUAAUCGGAGGUGAAUAUUGA